CGCCAGGAACUCUUAUUCUUCGGAUAGGAAGUGUCGCGUUUGGUGUGUUUAUAGUCUCGUGAGUACAAGCUAAGAAUUUAUACUGAGGUGCUCCCUGGCUGGAGGCAGACGGAUGCAGCAUGGCGCCCCGGAGUCAGGAAGAUCAUUUCCCGUUGUGGUGGACUGCUGCCCUCCGAGAAACACCGCCCAAGUCCGGAGAGCUCUUCCUCAAGGACAAACAGCGAGACGACGGCGCCGAGGGAUUAUGGCGCGUCCGUGACGGCCUCUAUGACCUCUCCUCGUUCGUAGACGUCCAUCCAGGUGGCUCAGACUGGCUACGUCUCACAAAGGUCAGCAUCAAUUCAAUUUAUUAUAAGCAACCAAAACCAAUCGCAGUUUCCACGCGGUCUAAUANCGUGAAACAAGCCUCUGCCCCACGCAACUCGCCUUACACAUUCCAUGAGGAUGGGUUUUACCGGACCUUAAAACGACGAGCGCGUCUUGCUCUGGCUGGGGUUCCCCGUGGCCCCAACUUCUCCUCCGCUCUUAUUGCAGAUCUUCUGGCCCUCGGCACAGUAUUCUUCUCCGUGAUGGCCGCUGCUACUAGCAGCUACUUUGUGGGGGCAUUUGCUGGAUUGCUUAUAGCACUGAACGUCAUCACAGCGCACAACUUCCUGCACCAGAAGAAUAACUUCCGCAUGUAUUACUUCAACCUGUCUUUCAUGUCAUUCAGUGACUGGAGGGUUGUACACGCACUGAGUCACCACUUAUACCCCAACUCUCUGCUCGAUUUGGACAUCUCCAUGUUCGCGCCGCUCUUCCAGUUCCUGCCAGACCCUUCCAAGACAUUCUGGGGUCGCUACGGGCCCUGGAUCUACAGCCCUCUGGUCUACAGUGUUAUGUUUCAUGGUCACAUGUUAAUCAGGUUGUGGAACAUGGCUAAGGGCAGGGGCGAUUAUGUACGCAUGGAAUAUGCGAUUCCUCUGGUGAUCCCUACGUCAAUGAUGGUGUUUGCUGGAGUGAGCGCUGGAAAUGCAUUUUGGAUGUGGAUGUGGGUGACCACAGCCUCAAGCCUCUUCUUCCACAUCAUUGCCUUCAACGGAGCCCACCACCAUCCUGAGAUAUUUCAUGAAGGGGACGCUAUAAGAGCUGACCGGGAUUGGGGCCUGGCUCAGUUGGAUACGGUGAGGGAGAGACCGGCUGUCAACAGCUCCUUGUUCGCUGCACUGACUAACUUCGGUUACCAUAACCUGCACCAUCUGUUUCCUGCUGUGGACCACAGCCGCCUUCCGCUUCUCUACCCCGCACUGAAGAAGACCUGCGAAGAAUUCAAUGUCAGCUUCUCAGAAUAUUCGCUCCUCGAGAUGUACAAGGGGCAGUUCCAGCAGAUCGCUAGAAACAAACCGAAUCUUAUCCCUCCAGGAGAAACAGACACAGGAGUAGCCAAACCGGAUACUUAAAAAUUUUCCUGCAGUAUAAUUGGACUGUGCCCGAAUUUUGGUUCACAGUAACAACCUAGCUAUUGAAAGUGUGAGUAAUUAGAAUACAUUUAAACUGGACUAAAGAGAGAUAAAAGCCGGUCACGGUAGCCGAGACGUCUAAGGCAUGCACUGUCUUCGCU